AAACUCAUUUUCCAUGUCAGCAUUUUGUGGUCUUCUUGUUUUUUUGUCCCCGUUGUCAAGUUAUCGAGACCACAACUUAAUGGGGAACAUUUUGACUUUCUCUCACUCGGCUCAGAUUGCUGCACUUUUCUUGGGUUGCUUGUGACAAACUGACAGGAAGUGUGCGUUUUUGUGACAAGGCCAAAGUGUCUGUUUGUGUCCGUCACAUCCAUGAGUUGCUUUAUAAGGAACCAGCGCUCACAUCCUGACUAUGUGGUCUCGCAAAUUGCUGAUGACAUUCACUAGUACGACUUAAACCUUGCUUGGUUGCUGCUGGAGUGAUGACCGCAAAGAUGAGCGACCUCCACGAGGAAGGCAAAAAUGCCAUCAAUGCUCCAAUGCUUCCUUCUGGGACAAACGUCCAUCCCGAGGACACUCUGCUAGAGGAGAACGCCGAGAGGAUCAUGCUGGACCCGACCUCGCGAGAUGACCCCAAGUUUAAAGAUUUGCUGAAGGUGCUUAUUGACUGGAUCAACAGUGAGCUGGAGGAGGACAGGAUCAUCGUGAAAGACCUGGAGGAGGACUGCUAUGACGGACAAGUACUGCAGAAGCUUUUUGAAAAGCUGUCAGGCCGGAAACUGAACGUGGCCGAAGUGACCCAGUCGGAGAUCGGCCAGAAGCAGAAGCUCCAAACGGUUCUGGAGGCUGUCAAUGAGCUGCUGCGUCCCCAUGGCUGGUCAAUUGAGUGGAGUGUUGACUCCAUCCACUGCAAGAACCUGGUGGCCAUCGUGUAUCUGCUGGUGUCGCUGGCCAUGCACUUCCAGGCGGCCAUCAGGCUGCCCGAGCACGUCUCCGUCAAGGUGGUGGUCGUCAAGAAGCGAGAUGGCCUCCUGCAGACGGCCCUCGUCAACAAGGAGCUGACCAGCACCACCGAAAUGAUGAUGGGGAGAUUUGAACGAGACGCUUUCGAUACGCUUCUGGAUCACGCGCCUGACAAACUCAAUGUGGUCAAAACGUCACUCAUCACCUUUGUCAACAAGCACUUGAACAAGUUGAACCUGGAAGUCACUGAGCUGGAAUCUCAGUUUGCUGAUGGCGUUUACCUGAUCCUCUUGAUGGGGCUGUUGGAGGACUACUUCGUACCUCUGUACAACUUCUUCCUCACCCCAGAGAACUUUGACCAGAAGGUCCACAAUGUAGCAUUCGCCUUUGAGCUCAUGCAAGAUGGCGGCCUAAAAAAACCCAAAGCCAGACCAGAAGAUGUGGUCAACCUGAACCUCAAGUCCACCCUCAGGGUCCUCUACAACUUGUUCACCAACUACAAGAACUCAGAGUGACGGCGUGUUCGCGUGUGUGGUCACAAACAAGGACUCUUCGGUCGUGUCAGAGACGAUUGGGAACACUUUUU